GCCUGCACUUUGCCUCACGGCCUCCAGCUGCGGGGUUGUCAGAGGCUCGCCAACAACUCUCGACCAGCUUCACUUUUCGUCCAUUCUCAACCCCAAUUCUAUUUUGCCAAUUGUAUUCGUGUUAGGGUAACUUUUCCAGUUCCGGGGGCCUCGCGCUAUAUCGUAGAUUGCAUCGCGCCCUGGCCCGGCCCGCGCGCAGGCGGCGGGUGGAGCGCCGCCCUCUCCCUUGCCUGGCUAUGGCAGCUCCAAUAGGGACAACCAGACCUGCUAUUGAAAGACCUGCCGUCGAUGACCUCUGGGCUCGCGCAGCCGAUCAACUUUCCUCAACGGACAAGAAAGCGAUCAACUUCAACCGCCCCGAUAAACUCAAUAUUCUGAAGGAGCUACACCAUGAGGCCGAGCAAGCCAGGCAAACUGCUGUAAAGAAGCAAUGGACGUUUCGUCGCAAAAAUGGAGAGACCGUCAUUGUGAGGGACGUGUUCGAGAAAGUCAUCCGAUGGCUUGAUACAUUCAAGCAGGUGGGUGAUGUUGCGGUUCAAUACGAUCCGGCACAUGCUGCCCUGCCAUGGGCCGCGAUUCGCUUGAUUUUGCAGAUCGCGGUUAACGAUUCCAAUAUCCGUACCGCUGUCGUCGAGGGACUUGCGCUGGUAGCGGAAAUAAUCUGUCGCUGUGCCGUGGUUGAGAACUUAUAUCUUCCUCAACAAUCUGACGCGGGUGUUGAGCUGAAACGAGCCCUCGUGCAGCUUUACGCGAGUAUUUUGAUGUUUCUCUCCGAAUCCACCCGGUAUACAAAGAGAAUUACGAAUGGGAAAUCCAUUCUCGGUACACUAGCUGGCACAACUCAGCUCGACGCGACUCUGGGCCAGGUUCGACUCGACGAAGGGCUCGUGCAACGAUGCCAAUCACUCGCUGAUAAGGCCGAUUCAGUGCGCGGGCAUACUGAGCUCAAGGCCCUCCUGGAGAACAUUGAUGCACCAAUGCAGAGAGUUGACCAGAGUUUGAGGUCACUUCAGGAUGACCUUGACACUAGACGACGGAUUCAAAUAUUACAAUGGCUUUCGCCGGAGCCAUAUCUUCAACAUCACAAGCAAGCUAUCAGAGACAUGCUCCCUGGUACUGGGCAAUGGCUGCUCUCGGAUGUCCAGUUCAAGCAGUGGAAGAAGGAAAGUGCAUCCAGUAUCCUUUGGCUCCAUGGGGCACCAGGAACGGGUAAAAGCAAGAUCGUGUCUAUCGUCAUAAAAGAUCUUAUUCAAGGCUUCAGAGCUGGGACCAAUACCCAGCCAAUCUUUUUCUAUUGCUCACGGAAUCCAGCAGAAGCUUCACGAUCUGAUCCCCAAGCGAUUCUCGCCAGCAUAGCAAGACAGCUUUCUGCUGCAGAACUCGGAAAAUCUCUGCUAGACCCAGUGAUCAGAGUCUUUCUGGAGGAGGAAUCGACUGGCUUCGCAUCUGGCUCUACGUGGCAGCCCGAUAUCGAAGAAAGCUGCGAAUUGAUCAUGGAGCUUAUCAAGUUCUAUCCGAUGACUACCAUUGUCAUUGAUGCCAUGGAUGAAUGCGAUUCUACAAAACGAACCGAUUUCCUCAAAACCCUGCAAACGAUUCUCCAAAAGUCAACUUCACUCGUCAAGAUCUUCAUCUCCAGUCGGGACGAUCUGGAUAUCAAAUCGAUGCUUGAUGAUUACCCGAACGUGGUACUUGAUCAUUGGAAGAAUCGGAAUGAUAUUGAUCAAUUCGUGGAAAAGGAGGCUGAUCAGCUUAUCCGGGAUGGAAAGCUUUUUCGUCAUAGUGACUCCAAAGACGAAAUGAGAGAUGUCGUAACCAGCGAAGUCAAGAAAAAAGCAAAGGGCAUGUUUCGGUGGGCCAGCUUACAACUCCAAUACCUUUGCACGUUUAGCGUUGACGCCGACAUCAAAGCUAGCCUAGGGCGUCUCCCUCCAGGGCUGCAUGCUUCAUAUCGACAAAAUCUGACAGCAGCGACAGAGAGACCAGGGGAGCAUCAUGCAUUGAUUCGUAAGAACAUCUUUAGCUGGCUUCUGUGCUCGCAAUCCUAUCUCAGUACUGAGCGACUACUGUCCGCCGCAUCCAUAGGCAUAGAGAAAGGUUGCAGGGUCCAGUACUGCACCGUUGGUCUUAUUCUAGACAUAUGCAAUAACUUCGUGGUCCUCGAUACCGUCCAGAACACCUUCCGAUUCGCCCACCUGUCAGUUCGAGAGUUUCUCGAAAACGAACCAGAGUUUUCUUACCCAUCGAGCAAUGCUCUCAUCGCUGAGGUCAGUCUUUGGAUCAUGCUUUGUGGAAGCAAGAGUCCUUCCACAGAGGCAGUUAUGGCGCAUGUGAAUUGGAAUUCACAGGCCGCACUCGGCCAUGCCGAAGAAAUUGCCGAAUAUUGCUUCCGUUUUUGGGUCGGACAUUACAAAUCAGCCAGAGAGGAGGACUUUUCGAGCGCAUACAAGACCGCCUUAUUGUUCUUUCUAUUUGGAAAGAGCGAAGCCAUCUUCCAUUCAAAGGAGUGGAUGAGCCCCGUUGACGAAAUCCUGUCGCAGGUGUAUCUCAACCAACUCAUGGGGGAUAUCUCCAAUGUGGAUCGGAAAGGAUCCUCGCCGCCGGAACUAGCCACAUGGGAGAAAAACGCCAGACUACUUAAGGAUCGGCUCAGAGCCGAACGUGUGCCAGGGGUGAAAAUUCGGCCCAUAAAAAAGCGUCGAAAAUGGCAGUGCUUUGAUGAUGCAACAAUUCUUGCUCAUCCGACCGGCAAGGCAGGGGUCUUCCUUUGCUCAGCAAAUGACCUCAUCGAACCACUUCGAGCCGUCGACGCAAAAGACUUCGUGGAUUACGGUUGGACGAACGCGCAAGGUCUGAACAUACUCCAGGUCGCCGCAAAGAACGGCUGCUGCGCCGUGUUGAAUUACUUUAUGCACCAGACCCUCGCUACAAUUGACUUCAAUGAGGAUGUCUUGGUCGCACAGGCGCAGAGCGAGAGCGGCGCUGAGAUUCUCAGACUAUUCCUUGAUCGACGUAGCGGGCCAAUGGCGAUCACCGAGAAGGUGAUCAUCGAGGCUUCUCGAAACAAGCGCUGCGGGAUCGCGAUUCUGGAACUACUUUUGAGUACGGGACAACAGCUUCCUGUCACUGACAGUGUCUUUCUGGCAGUCGUACAGAGUCAUGGAGAUAGGAACACCAUACUUGAGAUUCUCCUCCGCCGCCAACGGUCAGCAUUUCAAGUGACCAAGGAGGUAGUCACGGCUGCACUGAAAUACACCUACACGCACGAGGUCAUGAAGGCAAUGGUGCUCAAUGGUAUACUGAAAGACUAUGGUGCCGAUCCUGCUACUCUAUUGCUCGCCUCCGAUCCAAUCGAGAGCGCCAGGAAGACAUAUUUAACCCAGCACCGGGGUGUUGUUGGAACUGGGCAGUAUGGCGUCUCAAGCCUUCCACGGUUUCCACUCGAACCAUGGGCACAAGAGACAUCCGGCCCGCCACUUCAAGUAGUCACAUCUCGUGAAGUCUUGAGCAAGAAUCUUAUCAGGGUGAUAUACAACAGGUCUGGUCGUUGGGUCUAUCUGAAUGUCAAGGAUAUUGGGGAAGAUGAAAUGCAAAAAAUCUUGGCGUUGGAUGUAUGGGAAUAUUGAAGGAAAGAGAAAAAGCCCGCGGUCCAGGCUGAGCCUUGAAGCAGCCACCAUAGUGGAAGCCGAAGCUCAUAGAUCUAAACAUGGAUG